AUGGUCCUUCGUGUCUUUAGCCGCCGUGCUGUGCAUCUCACUUCUACAGCAGCUUGGUCGCUGGCUCCUGCUACUGCUGCGUGGUCUCCCACAUUUCGUUGCGUUGAUUUUAGAAUGUCAACGGUUCAGCGCCAAACACGAUCGUUCGCCAAAGCCAAAAAGAAAAAAGGAAGCAAGGACAGACCUAGCGCGUCUGCUGCUUUUGUGAUUGACGAUGACGCUGGCGCAAGCGAAGACGAGGAUGGAGGCGCUGCGAAAGCAUUAGAGAAGGCCAAGAAAAACAUGAAUGGCGCAGUAGUCAAUUUUACGCGCGCACUGAGUCAAAUGCGGCCCGGUCGUGCAGACGCCGGUAUCUUCGACGACCUGCACGUCCAGGCGUACGGUCAGCACGUGCCACUCGCUCAAGUAGCGCAGGUGGCGGUAGUUGGUACAUACGCACUAAGUGUAUCUGUGUACGACCCGUCGCUCAUGCAGGACGUGAAAAAAGCUAUUGAGGGGACAAAUCCAGUCUAUUUGGUGCGUGAAGAAGCAGACUCUCUCGAAAUUUCAUUUCCCAAGAUGUCAAAAGAGACGCGGGCUGAGCUGCUCAAAGUCACGAAAAAGCAGGCGGAACAGGCUCGACAGCAUGUGCGCCGUGUGCGACAGGAUGCUAUGAACCAUGCUAAGAAACUGAAGGAAGCUGUCUCGGAAGACGCCGUGGAGGUUCAAAAGGAACUCAUCCAGAAGGUGACCGACGAUGUUACUGCGGAGAUCGCUAAGCUGCUGGAAGCCAAAGAGAAGGAUCUGAAUACUGUAUAA